AUGAAUCAAAAGCUUCGAAUAGCAAGCUUUAAUAUCCGAUAUGAUUCUAAAGGUAUCGAUCCAUCCCCACGAGCCACGAAUGAAGGUUUCAUAAUCAAUCAAAAGCUAGAAAAACGUCAAGCAAAAGAACAACCGUGGAAUAUUAGAAAAUAUAAGGUUGCUGACACUAUACUGUUUCAUAAGAUUGAUAUCGUCGGCAUCCAGGAAGCAAUCUAUUCGCAAAUUAAAGAUUUGGAAUCGUUGUUGGCUAAAAAUAAUGAUGAUGAUUGGGGCUGGGUUGGCGUUGGUAGACAUGAUGGCAAACCAGAUGGAAAUGAAGGGGGUGAGUUUACCCCUAUUUUUUAUAACAAAAAUCGAUUAAAAUUAUUGGAUUUUGAACAUUUUUGGCUUUCUGAGACACCUAAUGUUCCGAAUUCCAUGGGAUGGGAUGCAGCAUUAACUCGUGUUGCUACCCAAGCAAGAUUUCAAAAUUUACAAACUAAUUCAACAUUUUAUCAUAUAAACACACAUUUUGAUCACCUUGGCAUUCAAGCACGCUCAGAAAGUGCAAAAUUUAUAGUUAACUAUACAAACAAUUUGCUAAAAUCAACAACAACGACAAAAACAUCAAUUGUUUUCUUCACUGGUGAUCUCAAUUGUAAUGAGUCGGAUGAACCUUAUAAAAUAAUUACAGGGGAUAAAACAAAAAACGAUUUAAAAAUGGAAGCGUUUGUUGAUACUAGAUAUAAAAUUUCUGGAGAAGGAAAAGAGUCAUACGGUCAUUCCAAUACUUUUACCGGGUUCAAUGCCGAUGUUGAACAUGUUAGGAUUGAUUUUAUUCUGGUUCAUCAACAAUCUUUAACCGGUGAUAAUAUAAAAAUUAUAAAUCAUGGUGUGAUGGAGAAUCAAUAUGAUGAUGGAUUGUAUAUUAGUGACCAUCGUCCAGUUAUCGCUGAUAUUCUAUUCAUUUAA